CUAACCCCAAAAAAAUUAAAUGAUGCCUUCAUCUUCAUCAUCUUCUCUGAUUAGAUCAUCAUUAACAAAUGUUGCACAAACCUCCUUGGUGAUUCUAUUUCUGUGUCAUGUCCUUUUUCAGAAUUGUUAUUACGUAAAUGGAUUGUUCAUAGCGGGAGAUCCAAAAGUGAUUGACUCUCAGCUUUUAACAGAGAAGAUUGUUGCUAAUCAAACGAUUAGGGUUAAUGUUAAUGGAGAAGGAUCGGACUUUAAAUCCAUUCAAGCUGCCAUUGAUUCUGUUCCAGAAGGCAAUUCCAAUUGGAUCAUUAUCCAUGUUCGGAAAGGCAUUUACAAAGAAAAUGUGCAUAUUCCACGUAACAAACCCUACAUAUUCAUGAGAGGCGAUGGGAAAGGAAAGACAUCGAUUAUAUGGACUGAGAGCUCCCACAAUAAAUUUCAAUCCGCAACCUUCAAAGUUCAAGCCCAGAACUUCAUCGCCUUUGGCAUUAGCUUCAAGAAUGAGGGUCCAAAUGGGGUGGCUAAUGCCGCACAUGUGGCAGCAUUUGUUGGAGGUGAUAAAAUAGCAUUCUACGAUUGUGGAUUCUUUAGCACACACAACACUCUAUUUGAUUAUAAAGGAAGGCAUUACUAUCACAAUUGUUAUAUUCAAGGAUCUGUUGACUUGAUAUUUGGACGGGCUCGAUCAAUUUAUGAUAAAUGUGAGAUCUUUGUUGUGGGAGACAGGAGGGUUGAUAUUCAUGGCUCAAUCGCAGCACACAGCAGGAAAAGUGCUGGUGAAAACAGUGGAUUUGUGUUUGUGAAGGGGAAAAUAUAUGGUGUUGGUAAUGGAAAUGUUUAUUUGGGGAGAGCUAAAGACGCCUUUUCUAGAGUGAUCUUUGCAAACACUUAUUUGUCUAGGAGCAUUGUUCCUCAAGGGUGGACUAACUGGAGCUAUGCUGGAAGCACAAACCAUGUACACCAUGCAGAAUAUAAUUGCCAUGGUCCAGGGUCAACUCCAAAAGAUAGGGCUCCAUGGUCAAAACAACUCAGUGACAAAGAAGUUGCACCAUUCAUCUCCCUCGACUUCAUCCAUGGCAAGCACUGGCUACCUGCAGCCUCCCUUUGAAAUAUGAAAUAUGAGCGGGGAGCGAACCAAGUAGAGCAAAGAGUUACAAAAAUUUGUAUACAUGUAUAGAAAUGUGCACAAUUGUUUAAAUGUUUUUGUUUUUUUUUAAAAAAAAAAAUUGGGACUGAAGUAAUAUAAGUUCCAAUAUCAUGUAAAGUAAUAGGGUUAGCAAAUGGCUUUUUUCCAAAGAGAGAGAGAGCUUAUCAACCUCAAAGAGAGGAUUUGAGGAAAUUAUGAUGCUGAUGACAUUUAUGCAGUAUUAGGGUUAGCUGUUUACGUAGAUAGGCACCAUACACGUCCGGUUCUGAGGUCCAGUUUGAAUAAAAACAGUAUAUAGUUUUGAUAUUUCAUAUACCCUCGCAACCGAAAUAAUAGCCUUAUUUUGAGGCUGUUAUUAAAAUGAAAAU